AUGAAGAGGGUCGUAGCAGAAGAGGUGUGGGAUGUCAUAUCAAGACAAACAAAUACAACAACUGUCGCGGAUGGCGAUGUUGCAAACCUUAAAACUAACAUACUGGUUAAGUCACUUGUUGAUGACGUCAGGAAUAGUAAACAGAUCUGUGACAUGUGUGACGAGCAUUCAAGAGCUGCACACUUCUGUUGCGAUUGUGGUAAGAAUUUGUGUAACGCAUGUCUGCAAGCUCAUAACAACUGGAACCCUAAUCUAAAACACAAAGUAGUGAGUGUUGAGGACAUCAGGGAGGGUAGGGUAGUCUUAGAGAAGAAGGUUUACUGUCGAGAAAAGAUACAUACAACUGAGAAGUAUGAAUGCACUGAUGUAUGCACGACAUGUAAGAAGCUCAUUUGUAUGAGAUGUCGCAUGCUCUACCACACCCCGGAGAAAGGCCAUUGUGUUAAAGAUGCCAUGGAGUACACCGCCUCUAUCAAAGAAAGAGUUGAGACCCUACAGUCACGUGGUAAAGCUAAAACUAAAACAGUAAAGAAUCAUAUGACUUGUAUUGAUCAUCAAAUCAAACGCGUCAAAUAUCACAUUGAUGGGGAAAAGGCAAAAAACAACAGGAUUUGCGGAGAAGCUAUCAAUAAAAUAACAGAGAGGAAUGCUACCUUGAAGAAGCAACUCGAUGAUCAGAAAGAAAAAUUAGUUAGGAGUUUAAAUAAUAUGAAAAUUGAUGAUCAAAGGUUAGUUAAGAGUAUUGAGAGUGCGAGUGAUUUGUUGAGUAAUAGUUUGAAAGGCCGAAUAGAAGGAGAUGCUGCAGCAAUUUGUGAUUCAUUGUCUUUUGAAUUGAGUAAUGUAUUAGAUAGGGAUAAUCCAAAGAAGAUGGUUGCUAUUGAUGUCGGCGAUCAUGCAGAGGAACUGACGUUUACACCAAGCUGCGAUCCUGAUACAUUAUCAAUGGGGGAACUGAGGUUUGUGAAAUGCAAGCCGAAAUGCAACGUACUACUCUCAAAGAAGGACGCUAUGAAUGGCAUAGCUGCUACCAAUGAUGGUAUGUUAGCAGUUGGUUAUUGCGAAGGGGGAAUCUAUGUCUUCUCUCCUAAUUGUCAGCUUCAGGGGGCAGUGAUCAAAGACGUAUGGAUCGUGGACGUAGGAUUCCUUUCUGAUGGUUGUUAUGCUGUACGCGAUAGAUAUAAUAAGAUGUCACUGUACGCAUCAGAUGAAGAGAGACAGGAUGUGACAUUCGAUACUCUUGGUAAGACUGAAGGUGGGACAGGGGGUCUCACUGUAGACAGCAAUGAUCUGAUCUAUGUUAGCUACAGGAAAGCUGAGAAGAUCCAGGUAUUCUCACCGACAGGUGGCAAGGCUAUGAGGGUGAUACCAUGCGAUGGGUAUGAACCAAAGCAAAUCACAAGUUAUGGCGAUUCAUUGAUCGUUAAGCAGGAUGACAGUCAGAUAGCACGUAUUAAUAAAAAGGGUGUUAUAAUGUAUCAAUUAUUACGUAAACCUCUGGAAAUUCGCCUCUUUGCCGCUGUUAGUAAGGACAAUACAAUUUUGAUUUCUUCCGUAAGAUACGAGGAAGGUCUGCUCAAUAUCGAUGAGUAUACCGGUGAGCUCAAACACAUUAGGAGUCUUAUAUCGGAUUACAAGAUUGAGAAACCUGAUAGGCAUUGGUAUUACCUUCAACAGUUUCAAUCAGGAGAGAUUGCUUUCUGUACACCUGAUAGGCUCUAUGUAUUCAACCUAGUUACUAGUAAAGUUACCUCGUAAGAAUAUUAUGUUUCGACCUUCAAGAGCCAACUAAUUUCCUACUUUACAAAUUCUUAAAUUCACCAGUUUCAAUGUUAAUCUUUGUAUAUAUGUUUCAUUAAUGUCAAGAAAUUUAAUUCAUUCCAUUCGAUAAAAAAUAAUGUAAACAA